AUGAAAGAAGCGUCUACAGAAGAAAUAAUCUUACCAAGAGAAAAUUAUUUAUCAAAGAAGUCUCGAUUUCUUCUUUGGAGUUGUUUUAUCAUUCCAAUGUGUAUUCUUCUUGCUGUUAUCAUUUAUAUUAUAUUCAGUCGUAUUCAUGCAACAUUUUAUUUCAUUGAUGACAAUUCUAGCAUUGAAACAACAGUUACACCCGAACAAUCAACAAAAACGACUCGGCGCCAACUGAUCACGACUAAAGCGGCAACAACAUCCAAUCCAAACACUAUUUCACGUGCUAUUCCAUGCAAUCCAAUGAAAUUCUCAAAUUAUUCAAGUUAUUCAUAUGGAGUUAAUCCUUGGGCAAUUAGUAGUGGUUAUUUAGAUGAAGAUUGUUAUCUUGAUAUAGUUGUUGGUUCACAAGGUGACGAAUAUUUUGCAUUUUAUUAUGGAAAUGAAAAUGGAACAUUUCAAUCUACAAUCAAUCAUACAGCUUCAAAAUCACAUUUUUUAAUGAUUAAAGAUAUGAAUAAUGAUAAUAAACUCGAUAUAGUUGCAACUCUGUUCGAAACUGAUUCAAUUGGAAUUAUAAUAAACUAUGGAAAUCGAAGUUUUAGUUCGUUAAAACAAUAUCCAGUUGGAAAUUACGAUGUUCAUUAUAAUCCAUAUUGGCUUGAUGUCUCAGAUUUUAAUAACAAUUCAUUGAUGGAUGUUGUUGUUGUUAAUGAUCAUGAUUCUUCUAUUACUGUUUUUUAUGAUUAUCAUAAUUUAUCGUUCAGUUAUUCGCACAUGCAUCAAGCUGGACAUGACUGUACAGCUGUAUCAGUUGCAGAUUUCAACAAGGAUUCCUAUAUUGAUUUUGUCGUUACUGAUUACAGUGAUAAUACAAUCAGUAUUUAUAUAAAUGAAGGAAAUGGAUUAUUUAAACCUAGAAAAGCAUAUUCAGCCGGAAUCACACCAUGGGGUGUAAAAGUUGCAGAUUUCAACAAUGACUCUUUUAUAGAUAUUGUUACCGCUAAUUAUGCUGUAGGUAUGAUAUCGAUUCUAUUUAAUGAUGGAGGAGGACAUUUUUAUAAACGAGAUUCUUAUUAUAUUAAUGGACUUGCAGUAACAAUUGCAUUAGCUGAUUUAAAUAAUGAUACAUUUCUGGAUAUUAUGGCUGUUACUGAAGGCGAUGGUUUUAUUUAUAUUUUAUUAAAUAAUCAAGAUGGAACAUUUCUUGAAUAUCAAAAAAUUCCCACUGAUACUGGUUUGGUUGCCCUCACAGUGGGCGAUUUUAAUAAUGAUAGAAAAAUAGACAUUGCUGCUGGUAGUGAUGACACUGGUAAUUUGAAUAUUCUUUUAAAUCAAUGUUAA